GAGAGAGUGAGGGUGAGAAAGAAGAAGAUGAGAGGGAAAGGUACAGAGCCGUCGGUGAACGAGCGUUACACGCAGUGGAAGUCGCUGGUGCCUGUGCUCUACGACUGGCUCGCCAACCACAAUCUCGUCUGGCCUUCUCUCUCCUGCAGAUGGGGUCCGCAGAUAGAUCAAGCUACUUACAAGACUCGGCAGCGGCUUUAUCUUUCCGAACAGACCGACGGAAGUGUGCCUAAUACUCUUGUCAUUGCAAACUGUGAAAUUGUUAAGCCUAGGGUGGCAGCUGCAGAGCACAUAUCACAGUUCCAUGAAGAAGCACGCUCUCCUUUUGUUAAGAAGUAUAAAACUAUAAUACAUCCUGGAGAGGUAAACAGAAUCAGGGAACUCCCACAGAAUAGUAAGAUAGUGGCCACACACACUGACAGUCCUGAUGUUCUCAUUUGGGAUAUUGAGGCUCAACCUAAUCGUCAUGCAGUCCUGGGAGCUACCGAUUCCCGCCCAGAUCUGCUAUUGACAGGACAUCAAGAUAAUGCUGAAUUUGCUCUUGCUAUGUGCCCCUCAGAACCCUUUGUACUCUCUGGAGGGAAGGACAAGUCAGUGAUUUUGUGGAGUAUUCAUGAUCAUAUCUCGUCUCUAGCAUCAGAUCCUGCGUCUGCAAGGUCUCCAGGAUCUGGUGGUUCAAAAGCUAAACAUGCCUCUAAGGGUGGAGGGAGUAUUGACAAACCCACAAACAGCCCCUCCGUUGAGCCACGAGGUACCUAUCAAGGGCAUGAGGAUACUGUUGAAGAUGUACAGUUCUGCCCAUCCAGUGCACAGGAGUUCUGCAGUGUUGGUGAUGAUUCUUGCCUCAUACUAUGGGAUGCUAGAUCUGGCAGUAGUCCAGUUGUCAAGGUUGAGAAAGCUCAUGAUGCUGACCUUCAUUGUGUUGAUUGGAAUCCUAAUGAUGUCAAUCUCAUUCUUACAGGGUCCGCCGAUAAUUCUGUUCAUAUGUUUGACCGCCGGAAUCUCACUUCUGGAGGAGUUGGAUCACCCAUACAUAAGUUUGAGGGCCACAAUGCGGCUGUUCUCUGUGUUCAGUGGUGUCCUGACAAGUCCUCUGUCUUUGGAAGUUCUGCUGAGGAUGGCCUAUUGAACAUCUGGGAUUAUGAAAAGAUUUAUAAGAAGCAAGAAGCUGUUGGAUCGAAGCUGCCAAUUGCUCCUGCAGGAUUGCUUUUCCGACAUGCUGGUCAUAGGGACAAGGUUGUUGAUUUUCAUUGGAAUACAUCUGAUCCCUGGACAAUCGCAAGUGUUUCUGAUGAUUGUGGAAGUACUGGAGGAGGCGGCACACUUCAGAUGUGGCGAAUAUUAGAUAUGAUUUACAGGCCUGAGGAAGAGGUGCUGGCGGAGCUUGACAAGUUCAAAUCUCACCUGUUGACAUGUUCUGCUUGAUGUGUGUCCUUCACUCACUAGAUAGUGUUAACUAAACUCGGUCUCUUUUAAAUUUUAAUCACCAAUUUUCCAGUCCCAGCUGAAGAAAAAACUUGGUCUAGUUGGGCACUUGGGUGCCUAAUUGUAAUGAUUAGUUGUGAUGUUCCUUUAACUUAACUGGUUUCAUUUGGAAGAGAAGUAAAAUCU